CAGGGGCGAUCCAACGGGACGCCUGGGAGGAAAACUUUCUGAAGAGUUUUUUCUGCGAGAAAAGGGAUUCUGUAGGUGGGUUAGUCUCAGCGUGAGUGAGCAUUUUUCUUUGCUCUGCCAGGAGCCAGGAUCAGGCCAGGUAGGGAACCUGGAUGUGACUUCACACCCACUGAGGAUGCUCUGAACUGGGAAGAAUCUUCCAAAGUGUCCCCCUUUCAACAAAGAUAUGGCCUCAGCGACGUCCAGCCCAGGAUCAGCUUCCCCCAACUCGCAGGUUCACGCGGCAGCUGUCAAUGGAGAUAGAAGCGCCCUCGUCAAACUCAUAACAGCGGAGCCCCAGUUGAGGGACCAUGAGGACCAGUUUGGGCGCAACCCUUUGAUGUACUGUGUGCUGGCCGACCGGCUGGACUGCGCCGAGGUUCUGCUGAAGGCUGGAGCCUCGGUCAACAAGACGGACCACAGCCAGAGGAGCGCUCUGCACCUGGCAGCACAGAAGGGCAAUCUGCGUUUCCUGAAGUUGCUCCUGUCCAGGCGGGCCAACUGUCUGCAGAAGGAUUUGGAGGGAAUGACCCCUCUCCACCUGGCGACUCGACACCCAUCUCCCAAAGCCCUCGCCCUGCUGCUGAAACACAUUGGGCCUGGAGAGGUGGACACACAGGAUAAAAAUAAGCAAACUGCUCUUCACUGGUCAGCAUUUUAUAACCGACCGGAGCACGUCCGCCUUCUCAUAAAACACGAUUCCAACAUUGGCAUCCCGGACAGCGAGGGCAAGAUUCCUCUGCACUGGGCUGCACACAGUCAGGAGGCCAGUGCCACUCAAACUGUCCGCUGCAUACUGGAAGCAGCACCCACAGAGUCCCUCUUGAACUGGCAGGACUAUGAGGGUCGGACGCCUUUGCACUUUGCUGUUGCCGACGGUAACGAGGCAGUGGUUGAGGUGUUAACAUCUUAUGAGGGUUGCAAUGUCACAGCUUAUGAUAACCUCUUCAGAACGCCACUGCACUGGGCAGCACUGCUGGGACAUGCAAAAAUUGUCCAUCUGCUGCUAGAGAGAAACACAUCAGGGACAAUUCCUUCAGACAGCCAAGGAGCGACACCGCUGCAUUAUGGUGCUCAGAGCAACAACGCUGAAACCGUCGGUGUGUUUCUGUCUCACCCAUCUGUGAAAGAUGAACCAGACCUGGAGGGACGGACGAGCUUCAUGUGGGCCGCCGGGAAGGGCAGCGAUGAUGUUAUCCGCACUAUGCUCACUCUUGCCCCUCAGAUCGAUAUCAACAUGGCCGAUAAGUACGGCGGCACCGCGCUCCAUGCGGCCUCCCUGUCUGGCCAUGUGAGCACGGUGAAGCUGCUGCUGGAGAAAGGAGCGACAGUCGACUUUCUGGAUGUCAUGAAGCACACGCCGCUGUUUCGUGCCUGUGAGAUGGGAUACAGAGAUGUCAUUCUCACGCUCAUUAAAGGUUCUGCUUGUGUUGACCUGGUCGAUGUGGACGGUCAUACUGCUCUCCACUGGGCAGCUCUGGGGGGGAACGCUGAGGUCUGCCAGAUAUUGAUGGAGAGCGGAAUCAGUCCCAAUGUGCAGGAUCACGCAGGACGAACUCCGUUACAGUGUGCUGCAUAUGGUGGUUACAUCACAUGCAUGGCUGUUCUCAUGGAGAACAAUGCUGACCCAAAUAUACAGGACAAGGAGGGGCGGACUGCGCUUCACUGGUCUUGCAACAACGGGUAUCUGGAUGCUGUGAAACUGCUCCUGGGCUACAACGCCUUCCCCAACCAAAUGGAGCACACCGAGGAGAGAUAUACCCCUCUGGACUAUGCUUUACUGGGGGGGCACAGUGAGGUGACCCAGUUUAUGCUGGAGCACGGUGCUCUGUCUAUAGCAGCCAUCCAGGACAUUGCUGCUGCCACCAUCCAGGCCGUCUACAAGGGCUACACCGUUCGUAAGGCCUUCAGGGAGAGGAAGCAGCUCCUCAUGCGGCACGAGCAACUGCGCAAGGAUGCAGCCAAAAAAAGAGAAGAAGAGCAGCGGAGGAGAGGAGCGGCGCGGCAAGCUUCAGAGGACGGUGCAGACAAACGAAUUACUUCACUAUUGAGAGCAGAGCAGGAGGAGCUCUCCUUAAUGAACACCAUGGAAGACCUAACAAUGAAUGAUUCAUCUGUGGAGACAAAGAAACACACAAAGAUCAAAAACGGGAGGCAUAAAGCCCAGAGGAGCAGGUUCUCCAGAAGUAUUGUAGCUGAACGUCAUGAAGCUCCUGAAGCUUUAAGUCGCAGCUCUCUCCUGAGUGACCAUGCAUUACCUGAAGCUUCGCACCACACCAGGCUGAAGAAACUUCUCGUUCCUGCUGGCUCCAGAGAACUCCCCAGUCUAAAACGCACACCCCCCACAGCGCCCAAAGCCGGGGAACGGUCAGUUGCAUAUGCUGCUUCCAAAGCUGUCUCCUCUGCAGACCAAACAGAGGCAAGGAAGAAAGACCCUCACAUGCAAAUGCACUCUUCACGCAAGCUCAGAAACCACAAGGAGCUGACCUCAGAGGCCGCUUUCAGAGACCAACCUCACCCUCCAUCACUACAAAACAGCUCAUCUUCAGAUCGCAAAAGGCCUCAGAGAAAAACGCGGCCAGGCAUCAUGUCAACCAGCACGGAGAGGGAACAUGUGAAGGAGCACGUGAGGAGGAGCGAGGCCGCACGUAUCAUACAGCGAGCGUGGCAGAGGUUCGGUUCACGCAGGCGGAGGGAGGUGAGGGCCUGUGAAGAAGCCGAGCCCAGGAAGUUGGACUGCACCCACCGAAAGAAAAGAAUGGAAAACAGAGCUGCGCUUGGUAGACCUGCUUCGAGUAAAAGCUCUGUGCUGCAGAGCAUCUAUGGCAACUCUAUGUUGCGGCGAGGAUGCUCAUUUCAGGGCUCUCAGCCACACCUCCUGCUGGAUGUUCCGCUACGCACCCAGAGUCAGUUGGGCGGUUUAGACUUUGUGCACCUAACUGAUGCUUUGAGUCAAGCCAAGCUGCACUCCUACCACCUGAGACCACAGAGUGCAGGACAGGGGACGAGAGGCCGCGGGAAACACUGAACUUUGUGUAUACCUACAGUGCUACUCAAAAACACAAAUUUUAAUGUAUUUUAUUCUGGUUUUAUGCAAUAGACUAUGACUUCAAGUUGUAUAGUUUUAAGCUUUUCCCUUUCAGGGGUUGCCUCAGCAUAUCCGUCUCCAUCUAACCCUAUCUUCUUCUCUUACACCAACUACCUACAUGUAAUCUUUUACUCCCAUCCAUAAAUCUCCAUGGGCUUCCUCUACGGCUCCUGCUUGGCGGGUCCUAUCGAUGUGCUCACCAUCCCUGCUCUUUACAUAAACUACCACUUAAUGUGCAUUAUUGUGAAGAAACAAUCUAAAAAGAUGUGGCAUACAUUCAGUAUUCAAGUUAUUUGGGGCAUAUCUAAAGACUGAAAUAUUUGCACAUUAUUCUUUGCAAAAUAGUUUAAACUCAUGCAUAUUGUAAGGGGAGUGGCUGUAAAACAGCUUUCAAGAUGUUGCAACAGAUUCACAAUUUAGAUUAGUACUAAACUUUGACUGAAACAUUAAUAUGCUUUGGUAUAAACCAGCUCCAGCUGUAUGUUUAGUGUUGUUGUCCUGCUGGAAGGUGAACCUCUGCCCCAGUCUUAACAGCUUCUGACUUUUCUGCAAAGAUUGCCCUCUUUUUAGCUCAAUCCAUCUUCCCAUCAAAUGUGACCAGCUUCUCUGUUCCUGCUAGAAAAAAGCCCCCCUGCAUGAUACUACUACCGUAUUUCAGUGGGGAUGACGUGUUCAGGAUAAUCCGCAGUGUUAGUUUUCCUUCACAAAUAAUGUUUUACAUUUGGGCCAACAAGUUUUAAUGUUGGCCUCGUUCUUCCAUAUGUAGGCGGUGUCAUUUACAUGACUUGUGGCAAAGUGCAAGCAGAACUUCUGGCCACUCUUCCAUAAAAUUGGUGCUGUUGAGUCUCCUUCCUGAGGUGUUGAUAUCUGUUGCUCCUCUAAAGUUACCAUGGCCCUCUGGACUGUAAGUUUAGGUCUUGCCCUCAUUAGGUUUGAAGUUGUGCAAUAUUUUUGGAUGAUGACUUGAACAAUCUGCGGGAUGUUCAAACUCCUACAAAACUAUCUCUGAACUAGCUAAGGAGAGAAUGAAUACAUAUGCACCUCACGCUUCUUAGAUUAUAUGUAAAACAAAUCCACUACUUUUUGUUGGUCCAUCACCUAGAAUCCCAAUAGAAAACAUCAUAGUUUGUGGCUGUAAGCUGACGAAAUGUGAAAGACUUCAAGGGUUAUGAAUAUUUCUGCAAGGCGGUGUAUAGAAAUUGUUUUCUCAGCUGCCUGGCACUGUUACAGACUUUACUCCACACAAUCUUGGCUCAAUGUGCCGAGCUUUCUAAAAUUAAGCCAUGUGACAUCAGAGCCGUGACCUCACAGGGUGGGGUUAAGUCUACAGAAAUGGCAUGUGUAAAAGAUAACCUUUCAUCCAUUGUGGAAGGAGUGCAUACACAUUAACCCCCCGUUCUCGAUUGCUGUCGCAUACACACACACACUGAGAUAACCUUUCCUCCUUCUACGGAGAAUGAGGCAGUCCAUCAACAGCCGGUCAUACAGAUAGCCCACCUGCAGCUGUCGACGCACACACACACACACACAAACCCAACACAUCAGCCUGCUCUUCAAACGCUUUCCCUUUCCGGAGAAACAUGCAUGUCUGAAUUAGGCCUUAAUUAUCAGUAUUGUGCAUUUUAUAGAUAUGUAACUGUAUGUAAAAAAAAAAAAAAAAGAUCAAUUAAAAAGCAGAGGUUCAUUUUGA